CUUUCUUUCUUCCUCAAUUCGGCGCCGCUCUCAUUCCUGCCCUUUAACCAAAAAUUGUAUCCGACAACCCCCACUCGACAAGCGGCAAUCUCCAACAGCAGCGAUCUUGUCAACGACCGGUCAGCUCCACUAGCGGCAAUCUCCUCUGUGGCUCGCGACGCUCGCAACUCGCAACUCGCAACUCGCAACAAUAGUAAUAAUGACAGAUGAUUCCAAUAAUGUGAAGGACGAGGUGGCAGAACUUGCCCCCUUUGAUCCUACCAAAAAGAAGAAGAAGAAGAAACCUGUUGCACAGGAUAGUGCAGAUGAUUCCGUGGACAAGCUUACUGAGAAAACUGAAUCACUAUCGGUCUCUGAAGGGCUCGAGAGUACUUUCACUGGUUUGAAAAAGAAGAAGAAGAAGCCAGUAGAUGCCAGUAUUUUGAAUGAAGAAAGUGUGGAUGGAGGAGAAGAUUUGGAUGAUCAUGUGGUACAAGAUGAAGAAGGAGAAGGACUUGAGCAACAACAACAGCUUUAUCCAUGACAGCUUUAUCCAUGGGAAGGGAGUGACCGUGAUUAUGAAUAUGAGGAGCUUCUUGGUAGGGUCUUCAACAUUUUGCGUGAGAACAAUCCUGAACUUGCUGGAGAUAGACGUAGAACUGUGAUGAGGCCUCCACAAGUUCUUCGUGAGGGUACUAAGAAGACUGUUUUUGUGAAUUUCAUGGAUCUCUGCAAGACAAUGCAUCGGCAGCCAGACCAUGUCAUGACCUUCUUACUUGCUGAGUUGGGAACAAGUGGAUCUCUUGAUGGACAGCAAAGAUUAGUUGUGAAGGGCAGAUUUGCUCCCAAGAAUUUUGAGGGGAUCCUGCGUAGAUAUAUUAAUGAAUAUGUCAUUUGCCUUGGUUGCAAAAGUCCAGACACUAUACUUUCGAAGGAGAAUCGUCUAUUUUUUCUCAGAUGUGAAAAGUGUGGUUCUGGACGAUCAGUUGCCCCCAUCAAAGCUGGUUUUGUUGCUCGUGUUGGCCGCAGAAAUGCAGGGACUUGAGUCUUCUAAAGCUAAGUUUGUUGCAUAUGUUACCAGUAGAAAUAUACUGGGACAUGAACCUUUCAAAGGUGAGCUGUGCAGAUGAGAAGUUUUGGACCUUGUUUUACCGUACCUACUCUUUACUCUUUACUGUUCACUUUGAUGUUUACCAAAGUUAAACAAUACUUUGUCUCGAGUUACAAUUCUACUGGCAUUUAAUGUCUUGAAGGAAACAGUAUUGAUUUUGGUUUAUUGAUCAUUAUCUCUACUGCAAUAAUAUAUGCAAUUGGCUCAAUGUUACUCCAGGUAUUCUUGGUAGA